CAUGAGCAGACGGCGUAGCGCCGCAAACUUGUGCAGAGGUGUGCUCAUAUCUCUAUGGGCGCUCCUGGCAGCGGGCCAGGGCUCGCCGUCUCACGUAGUCAGCUCUUUCAACAAUCUCCCUGCGCGUCUACUAUUCUUCGACGACACGGAGACCGCAAUUUAUCAUGAUUCGAUGGAGGGAAACAUCUAUGUAUCUCAAGACGAGGGCAAGAACUGGAAGCGUGCUGAAGGAAUACCGUCCGGCAAAGCUGCCAUGUUCUUUGAGCAUCCUGUCGACAAUCGAUUGGGGUUUGUGCUUACAGACGGCAAGACUCACUACCGAACAGAGGAUCGAGGACGAACGUGGCGACCAUUCGAUGUUCCAAUGGAACCUGCCCUCACACCCGCCCCACUCUCUUUUCACUCAGACCCAGCGAAAUACGGAUAUAUCCUCUAUCAGGGUACUAUUUGUGACCGUAGAGGAUGGGGAGCUUCGUGCCACGACGAGACAUACUACACGAAAGAGGCGUUCAGUGAUGAUGUGAAGCUUCUCAAGAAGGACACUGCAAGAUGCCAGUUCGCACAUAGCUCGAAAGAGUUCAAGCACGAAGCACCUUCGGACCUAGUUUUCUGCGUCGGAUACGACAGCGGCUCGCACGACCUGGCGUCGAGUCGGUUCUUCUCAAGCAGCGACUUUGAGAACUGGAAGAUGGAGGACUUUGGGAUUGGGAAGAACGCGAGGGGUGUGAUUGCGUUCGCCAUCGUGUCCAAAUACGCUGUUGUGGCUAUGAAGGACCUGAGUGCAGGCCCCAACGGCGACUUGCACCUCUAUGUGUCCGUCGACUCGCAGACAUGGGCGCGAGCUCAUUUCCCACAUGUCACUUCUGCCCGACUUCGCGAAAACGCAUACACCAUGCUCGAAUCGACGACGCAUUCAUUGGCUGUUGACGUGGUCCUCCAAGACAAGAGCCCGAUUGGCACCCUCUUUGUCAGCAACUCCAAUGGCACGUACUUCGUUGAAAGCCUGAAGGACACAAACCGCAACGACUUCGGGUAUGUCGACUACGAACGCAUUUAUGGGAUUGAGGGCAUUGGUGUGGCGAACGUCGUGGCGAAGCGAGGAGAGUGCAAGAGGAUCAAGUUCACGACCUCUUGCGACACUUUGACGACGUAUAUAAGGCUGGCCCAGUUGGCCAGGUUUCGACAUCCCACCACCCACUUCCCUCUUCUCCUCUCCUCUCCUUCUCCUCUCGUCUCUCUCGAUAGCUCGACCGCGCCGACGUCGAUGGGCGCUUCGCCCUUGGACAGUGGUACGCACCUUGGGGAGUCGGGCCCGACUCGUCUUGAAAUGGCGCCGGCGCCAGGUGCCAGCUCGACGAACCUACAAGCAAAACAAUUGUCUCCGCCUCCGCGAACACGAAGGUUUCGUGCCGCCCCGACUCGCAAUCUCGUUUCCAGGUCGUUCCCGAUGCCCUACGCAAGCCGCCACGUCUUCCGGCCGUGUAGUUCUGCUACGAGGGGCAAGAACCCGCCUUCGUGUCGCCGCCACUCGCCACUCGACCGCCCAUUUCCCUUGUCCUCGGGACCGUUUAACGCGGGUCUACGAAGCCAAAGACCUACCCGACUCGAAGUAAAACCUCCUACCCGCCGAGUGUCGCCGUCUCCUUGCGACGAUUGCUGCCAACUGCUUCGAUGGGCGGGGUAUGCCCGGCCGGAUAUGGCCCUGCCCGUACGUCGUACAGCGCCGUUGGACCUCUCAGACGGCUGCUGGACAGAAGAGGCGAGUGCUGGGACAUCCACGGACAUGGAGAGACGAAGGUCGCGGUGCUGGGCGAGUGCUGGCGGCAUCUACGAACAUGGCAGCCUCGCCCCCUCGACGUUCGUCGCCCUGUUCGUCGCCACCUGUGUUCUUGAUCCCUGUGUCGAGGACCGUGCUCCAUACGGGCGGUACGGUUCAUCUGCGAACAUGAUAAGUUGCCCCACACACGACCUUCCCGCCCUCGCCGCCAGCGUUCUUGGGUGCCCACGCCUUGGAAUAGUGUCGGCGUGCUGUGCGACGGAAGGAAGGGACGGCUGGGUGAAGUCCGCCGCGCCUCUCCCAUGUGCCGUGCACGACCCACAACGACCUACGUUGUGGUUCUGGAUGUUCGUGUCGUCCAUGGUAGAUGCACUCACGAUGCGUAUAGCCCGUGGUGCCUGGUA